AUGCGGCACAAGGUGAGAACGCACGUUUUUGCCGAGCCAGGGCGGGAGCGAAACGAGAAAUGGCACCAGUUCUUCUCGACAAAGGCUGUGUUUUUUCAUCCAGUGUUGCGUAACUCAGCCGAAGAGGGAGAGGCCAACGACGAAGCCAUCAGCCAGAAGUGUGCAGUCCUGUCAGAAGACGGUGACAGGGAUUCAAUUUCAUUGAUGGUGUCGGACAUGGGAUACUUGGACAUGAUCCAGCGGAUGGGUAAACGGGGAGCUGCUGUUCUGGUCUUCGUUCCUGCAAGAUGUCUGUCCGUCCUCAGAAACUACCGAAAGGCUGGUGUGCAAGUUAUCGAAAUUAAACCCAGGAAUGAACAAGUCUUCACUGUCCGAGCCGUUUUACAUUCGGAUGGAUCUGGCCGAGUGGAACUGACUAACCCGUGCUAUCCGAAAGACAUAACGGGAGACGGAGAGUUGUGCUACAAUUUCUUAAGAGAUCUGGGGUAUGUUCAAGAAGAACAUGAAUAUAUUUGCCACGCUGCAGCUAAACUUUGGCAUGCCAACCGCUUGGGUCAAAUUACACUGUUUCCCAUGCAGCAGGGGAUUGAGGAUAUAUGCACACGGGUAUCUGCACGCAGCCGCGGAGAAUGGCUACGACAGAAUGGCGAGUGUGCACUGGUGCUCCCGAUUUCUGCACGGGGAGGAACGUUAAGCAGGAAGGACAUCAAAACAUACAGUAGCGCAGCUGCAAGAAAGGUGUUCCGAGGAGGUGGUCCAUUCAUGAUCCGCGACUCGGUAAACAUGGUUGACCAAGCUCUGACGAAGCUGGGUUACUUGGACAAUGGCAUGAACUCAGAUCUGGCCGAAGCCAUGCUUGUUUUUGUAAAUGCUGCAGAGAACCUCCACACCUUGCGCAAGAAACUCGAUGCAUUACCAGCACCCGGAGACACUGUUACAGACGUUCGAGAUAAACUGCGGUAUUCUUUCCUGUCGCACCUGUCAGGUGGUCAAUGGCGCAUAGCCCCCAAGGACGGAAUGGUGCGAGUGUUGCUGAACAGGGGUGGUUUCCUGGCAAAUGAAAAAGCUGCAUCGGCAGCGGAAGUAUUUUGCGCCAUGGAGAACUAUGCGAAGGAACAUGACCUGCCAAAGAUGAAGACGUACAAUGGCUAUGUCUUUCGCAUUCUGAGAGCAGCAAACUCCACACCCAACAGUACAGGAACGGUUGAAUUUUCGACUUGA